CUUUAUAAUUCCUACUAAUAUAAAGUAUACACUAAAGAGCAUUGAUCUCCUUGAUUAAGGGGUUCAUUUGUUCAUUGUGUGUUCAAAUUUAAGAGAGAAAUUAAGUAUGGGCAACAGUUUGGGAUGGAAAAAGACUGCAAAAGUCAUGAAGAUAAGUGGUGAGACAUUCAAGUUCAAGACACCAGUGAAGGCUGGGGAGGUAGUUAAGGACUAUCCAGGGCAUGUUUUGCUAGAAUCAGAGGCCGUUAAGCAUUAUGGCAUUAGGGCAAAGCCAUUGGAAGCACACCAAGACUUGGUGCCAAAAAGGCUUUACUUCCUAGUAGAGCUACCAAAUACUCCAACUGAGAAAGUUCCAAGAAGAGUUCGUUCAGGGAUUACCAUGAGUGCUGAAGACAGGCUCGAAAGCCUGAUGCACUCUAGGAGAUCAACAUCUGAUCUCUCGAUAAUGAAGCCUGCUAGCAUUGCGGCCGAGGAGGCAAAAAGUGGUGCAAUGAGGGUGAAGAUGAGAUUACCGAAGGCAGAAGUGGAGAGGUUGAUGCAAGAAAGUAAAGAUGAGACUGAGGCAGCUGCUAAGAUUGUGGAUCUCUGCAUGGCAAACACUGCAGGUGGCAGCAAUAAUAGCUCUCGUGAGAUUGCACAAAAUGGUCAAGAGAGUGCGUUGUUGCAGCAACAAGUUCAUUGGAAGAGUGGCCAUGGGAGAGUCAGCAGCCAAGGUAUCAUCAAGGCACGUGAGAAGCGAGUGAGUUUCCUGCCAGUCAAUGAAGGAGAGACGCAAAUAGCUGUGGCUUCUUAUUAGCAAAUGAUCCAAAUAUAUAUAUAUAUAGUGGUCGUGAAGCAAAAGCAGUUUUAUCUAUACAGAUUAAUUAUGAAGGUGGUCGAGAGAACAUAACCUAGCUAAUCGCAUUUCCUCUACUUCAGCCCCUGCAGAUUCUCACGGACCUCGUUCUUGUUUUUGUACAUAGAACCAAGGAGCUUUGAGGUCUUGAGGAUGUGCUUAGAGUACUGAGAGAUGUAACCUUUGCCUGUAAAUUAUUUUACGAAAAAUUCUGCAAUGA